AUGAACGGAAUUCAAGUAGACAUCAAUCAUUUGAAGAAGGGCGAGGUCAGCCUGGGAACUUCUAUCAUGGCCGUCACCUUUAGGGAUGGUGUGAUUCUGGGUGCGGACUCAAGAACGACCACCGGCUCUUAUAUCGCUAACAGAGUCACAGACAAGCUAACCAGGGUACACGAAAAAGUGUGGUGCUGCAGAUCCGGAUCAGCAGCCGAUACGCAAGCCGUAGCAGACAUUGUCAAAUAUUAUCUCGAUUUGUACACCACCCAGUUCGGAGAGCCAUCAACGAAAACCGCUGCAUCGAUCUUCAAGACCCUAUGUUAUGAGAAUAAGGACAAUCUCACCGCAGGUAUCAUUGUGGCUGGCUACGACGACAAAAACAAGGGAGAAGUUUACAGCAUACCAUUGGGAGGCUCUUUACACAAGCAGAAAUAUGCCAUUGCGGGCUCUGGCUCAACAUUUAUCUACGGGUACUGCGACAAAAACUACAAGGAUGACAUGUCGAAAGAGGAAACGAUAGAUUUCAUGAAAAACUCCCUUUCGCAAGCCAUCAAAUGGGAUGGAUCAUCUGGUGGUGUGAUCAGGAUGGUAGUGCUAACGAAAGAAGGAGCCGAACGUCUUAUCUUCUAUCCUGAUGAGUAUGAGAACCUGUAG